AAUCGAGCGUGGCUAUUUACUGUUUAUGUGUUCAGCGUGCGUAUGUAGCAUAGAGAGGUGAAAUGAAUUGUAUGCGUUUGGAUCACUGUGCUUAGGAUACGGGGGACUGAACUGAGUUCUCUUAAAUGCGCUUGCACUGACGACGGAAUAUUUGAUGAAAUCUCGGCUGGACACAAAAUAAGGAAAGCGACGCAAACGCCAGGAAGAUGUCUUCCCAGGAUGUUAUAAAGAGCACGGCCAAGAAAUUGAAAUACUACAUGGAAGUGAAGCGCUUGGAAGAUGCAUUUGACUUGUCAGGGCCUGAUAAACCCCAACGACACUACCCAACGCUCAAGCCGAGACCAACGCUUUUGUAUGACGGAUUGCAUGACAGAGCUCUCAAGCAUUAUUUCCGGAAUGCUGAAGUCAAGAAACACCUGGUACAGAUGAAGCCAAGGUCAAGUGAGAUGGAACGGGAAUCAAAAGUCAGGAGAGAUGUUGACCGCUAUAUGGAAAAGUCACAUUUCACUAGUCCCUACACAAAUCUUGUCAGAGCGAAACCACCACCAAAGAAAAGGAAGAGCAAUUUUCGGGGAGGACCUCUCCUGCUGAGAUCUCGUCAUGGUCCACAGCUCUCCAGAGGGGAGGCAGAGAGAUUGGUUAAUGCCGCUACAAAGCUACUAGUGGCUACACUUGACCAGCAGAAGAAUGGCCGAAGACACUCAGGAAAGAAUUUCAGGGUAGACAGUGGCGUAGGAUCCAGCCUACCCAUGAUUGACAACGGCCACGAAGACUAUGGCCACAGGCCGACCCGACCGGAAAGGCCGAAGUCUACUUACGGACAUCGCCCGACCCGACCAAGGUCUUCUUAUGGGGAGCGUACACGCCCCAGAUCAGCCAUAGAUGCAAGGCCCAAAUCUGCUGCCAAGACUUCCCCCAGCACAGCACGAUAUGGUUACGAUUCACUCGGCAGGAGAAUCAAACUGCAUUUGGAGCAACCAAGACAUUAUGAGGCAUCUGAGUCGGACCAAGACCCUGACGACUAUGACGAUGACUUUGAGGAUUCUCUUGACAAUGGCAUGAACAUCUUAGUUCCUGUCAAAGGCUCUGGCAGGAACCAGUCACCAGAAUGGCUCAACAUCCAAAUGUCUAAGGUGGAUAUGAACGAUCCUCAAGACUACGAAGAGGAGGAGGAAGAAGAGGAAGAGGUAGAGGAGCCGGGAGGCGACACGGUCAGCAUCGGAGACGAGGUCCUGCACAGCAUCGACAACACCACUCAGACCGGCCGCGAGAUCAGCUGCCAGACGGUGGAGGACCAGGACAACACCAAGGACACGCAGACCCGGCGGGCCAACACCGAGGAGAGCAUGACCGACCCCUACCAAGCUGACAUGGCCAUCCAGACUGCCCCGCCCCCGGUCACCUCGGCCACGCAGACCGUGGUCCCGCCGCCGGAGGCCUCCACCCAGACCGUCCCACCCCUGCCCACCACCGGUACUCAGACGUACCCUGAAGUGUACUGCCAGACCACGCCUAUUAUGAACAUGGAGACGCAGACUGAGGUGCAUCAGCCCUCCGCUGCGUGUCAAGUUGAACCACCCAAUGAAAUGGGUGUGCAGGUUGAUCCCCCACCUCCGCCCCCAUCUCCGCCCCCACCCCCCGAGCCUGAACCCGAACCACAAGAGGACUAUGAGUUCCUGAAGCACGGGCCUCGGCUCAAAUCAGGCAAGAGGACCAUCUACGAGCUGUCCAUUCACACUGGUAACCGGCUGGGCGCCAGCACCAGGGCUGAUGUCCACGUGACGCUCUACGGCGAGAAGGGCAAUACAGGCAAGAUCAGGCUGAAACAGUCCAAGGACACCAAGGAUGGCAAAAAGGUCAAGUUCCAGAAGGGGCAGAUUGACGUCUUUAAAGUGGAGUCCUACUAUGUUGGCAAGAUGGAAUGUAUAUGCAUUGGUCAUGACAGAAGAGAACUUGGGUGUGGUUGGUUUCUGGACAAGGUGAUGAUCCGUGAGUAUGGCGAUGACGUCACCUACGAAUUCCUGUGUGAACGAUGGCUGUCGGCUCAAGAUGAAGACGGACAGACCGUCCGGACUGUACCAGUUACCAACAUCAUCAUGGAUGUGUCUUCCAGUUCCCAAUCCGAACCUGACCACAGUGACUUCGUGGAGAAGAGUCCCGACAGCAGUGCCUUUACGGACACUGACCUCCACCUGAACCAGGUCACCGCCUUGGACGGCCACUUUGUCCGCACCAGCCCCCAAGCCAAGAAGUACCCCAGUGACGCCAGCCAAGCCGACCGCUCUGAUGGUUCCCGACAGAGGAGGAAACACCGACGCAAGAAGAGCAAGAAGGGCAAAGGCAAGGGGAAGUCCCGUAGGAGGGACAGGACACCGGUGACCACCACGGGUACCGAGUCAGACACGGACACGGAUACGGAUUCCGAGCAGAGUGAUAGGACUUCCCGGACUGAUUCCGACAAUGAUGAUGACAGUGAUAGUGGAAGUGGUUCCAGUGGAUCCAGAUCUGGAAGUAGCUCCGGAAGUGGAAGCGAUACUGGAAGCAGCUCAGGAAGCGGUAGUUCGUCUGACAAGCGCAAGGCCGAUGGGGAGAGCAAAAAUGGGUCCAUCCAUAGUGGACGGUAUAGGGAUCGCAGCAGCAAGGGACCCAAGGAGGAGAACACCGAACAUCUCCCCAAAGAGGAGGCUUCCGAUGCUGCAUCAUCACACAAGGAGAACAGGACAGCCAGUAGUGAUGAUGAUGACAGCAGUGAUGAAAAUGAUGAUGCACCAUCACGAGGGAGCGCAUCCCAAUCAGACAGUGUCUCCAGGAAAUCAGAUAGCAGUCAUAUGACUGAUCCAAAGGAUGUGCCAAAACCAGAAGCCAAAGAAACAGAGGACAGAGACUCAACCAGGGUAGAAGACAAGGAGAACACUGAUUAUAUGAGUGGCUUCAAGGCUGCGUUGAAGAUGAAAGAGCAGCAGAAAGAGCAACAGGAGGCGGCCAGGGUGGAGGAGGAAGAGAAGAGGCGAGAGGAAGAGGAAUCCUUGCUCCUUGGACCGUCCAUCCACCAGAGCUGCAAGAAGGGAGACUUGGAGAGAAUCAAGAAGCUGACACAGCACAAUGCUGAACUCAUCAACUCCCCAGACGAAAGGGGCUGGACACCCCUGCACGUAGCCUCUGCCAACGGCAGGCUGGACAUCGUCAAGUAUCUGUCAUCCAAUGAUGCCAGCAUCAACGACCUCACACCAACAGGGUACACAGCGAUGCACAUGGGAGCAAUGAAUGGGCAUGUGGCUGUGGUCAAGCUGUUGGCAGCAAUGGGAAUGACAGUGGACUGCCGCACGGUGGAUGAGCAGACGCCAUUACACAUGGCAGCAAUGAGUGGUCAUCUGGAAUGUACAAAGUGGUUAGUUGCCAACAAUGCUCCAUUAGAUGUCAUUGACAAUAUGGGCCGUACAGCUUAUGACCUAGCUGAGGAAUACCAGCACGACGAGGUCAUGACCUUUCUGAGGUCAUGUCAGAGAGAACUGACGAGAGAGGACAGUUCACUAGCCAUGCUUAGAAGCCGAUCCCCCAGCAUGGGUUCUCAGAACCGGCGUUCCCUCUCUACCUCUGACCCCGAUAGUGAGAAAGACACAGAUAAGGAUGGCCAACAGUCAUCUGAAGAAGAGGAUAAGCCAGACAGCGUUGCAGCAAAGCACAAAGAAGAACAGAGACAUGCUGUCCUGGAGAGGAAGAGAUCUUUCAAGGAACAGCAGGAGCGCAUGAGCAGUACAGGGAUGAGUUUUCUGGACAGCAUCCGGGCCGAGUCCUCAGUGGAUCCAAUUGUGUAGAUCAAGCUGCUUAGCAACAAACCAAAAAUAAAAAAUACCGGAAACAGUUCACAAGCAGUGUGAUUCACAUGGCAUUUUAACUGGUGCUUGUCAUUACUAAGCAUAUAUUUUCUGUGCUUAAUAACUCCACAUAAAUGAGGUUUGUCACAGGAGCUGCAUGGAACUGGAUCUGUGCAGCAGUAUCAGGAUUGAACCAACUGUAGGUAUUUAAUAUUUUUAUUGAACUUCCAAGAGGCUGAAAAUAGGUUUAAUUAUGACUUUAAGUGCUUUGUCCAUAUGUAGCAGUCAACACAAGUUCCAUAUUUUAAGAUAGUCCAGAUGUUUAAAGAGUAAUACUAUUUAGCUCUCUGAAUUGUAAAUGUAGUCUAUGGAUUUCUUCCACCAUGUAAAUGUUUACUGACUUGGAGCACAACCAACGCCAAAAAAGAGAAAGCGGUGGAAAAUUUUUACUUCUUUUAAGUCCGAGAUUUCUAUCAAUUGAUAGCACAAAUCAUAUUGCAUACAUACUGGCAGGAAGAGUUUCACUGGGACAUUGUGUAAUCUCAAGUUAAGUCAUGUUAAAAUUGGAGGAUUGAGGACUGCUAGAGUUAGAGCCGUAGAUUGAGAGAGUAAUUUCUGGUGUAAGUUUAUUCAGAAUUUAUUUUCGAAGUUUGGUGUCGUACGUGUACAUGUGUAGGGUCUGAUUUUUGCUGUCUUGUCAAGGAAGAUAAGAACGGUUUGCAGAUUUAUUCAAACAUCACUCUCCAUUUAAAAUUUCUCUGAAAUGUAGCUCUUCUACAUAAAAUGCAUUGUGGGUGGAAUCUUUUCUUUCUGAAAUGCCUUGAUCUCGGUCAGAGGUCAUUCUUUGCACAAAAUUCUAGUUUGUAACUUUUUAGUCAGAAAUAGUCAUAUCUCCUCAUUUGAAAAAAAGGUGUCGAGAUUCAGCCUUGAAUUUUGUUUUAUUUUUAAGAUAGUUGUACAUGCUGCGUCGUUAUCUUAUUCUCAGACUUACUUGAUGUGUGAAUAUUGAAACAGUCCUCAAAAUACACAUAAUGGUGUCACUGAAAAACCACCCUUGCAAAGAUUUGACGUUGUAUUAGAUUGGCUUAUUUUCAACCAAUGAGCACUGAUGCACUAUAAUCCUGUUGCUGCAUUUGAACGUAUGACUGUUCUUAAACCUUUCUCAUAUUUACACACUGUGAUUUUUAAAAUCUUUAUGCAACAUUAUAUAGUCGGUUUAUGUAUAUUUGAGCAGAUAAAAGAAGUUGUAGAUAGUACAGCAGGCCAAACCUCAGCAUUAUCUUUACAUGUUUGAUUUUUGAAGAUAUUCCAUCCUUAAAUUUUUAAAAAUCUAUGCAUUGAUCUUAAAUUUGCAUAAUAAAAUGAUUGUAGAUAUUGUUGGUGAGAAAUUCCUACAUUUCUAACAUUCCCUCUAAACUAUGUCAUCUUCGCAGCAACUAACUAAACUCUUAUUUUUCACUGUGUGAAUUCUCAAUAAAAAUUUUAUUUUUGUUUCCCGAGA